CUCCCACCUCAGCCUUCCAAAGUGACAGAAUUACAGACAUGAGCCAUCAUGCCUGGCCAGUAUUUUAUUUAUCUGUUUUUUCUUUUGUAAAAUGGUGAUAAUGAUAGUGGUUUCUUCAUACAGCCACUGCUGUUCAUCUUACUGUUAAGAAAGAAAGCAUACAUGUGCCUAGAAUAUAGUAUAGGGGUUCAGAUGUUACCAAUUAUAAUUAUUUAUAAUUGUUACUUUUACUGUUACCAUUAUUAUUUCCUGGCUUUACAUUGGUUUAAGUAGAUAAUAUCUUUAGGGGAUAGUAUGAUGUUAUCCAAAUAUUAAAUUAGGUAUAGUAUGUUUAGUUUUAUUUAGCAUUAUUAAGAUUACUCAGUGUCAAAGGAAGCAUUUUAAAAUUUAGUUGUUGAGACAGGGUCUCACACUGUCACCCAGGUUGGAGUGUGAUGGCACAAUCUCAGCUCACUGAAGCCUCCGCCUCCUGGGUUCAAGCUGUCUUCCCACCUCAGUUUCCUGAGUAGCUUGAGAAUACAGGUAUGCGCACCACACUGCAUGGAUUUUUUAAUUUUUUGUACAUGUGAGGUCUCACUAUAUUGCCCAUGUUAGUCUCGAACUUAAGAGCUCAAGCAGUUUUCCUGCCUUAGCCUCCCAAAGUGCUGGGAUUACAGGCGUGAGCUACAACACCUGGUCAGAGAGAACAUUAAAAAAAAAUUGCUGAAGCUACUCACAACUCUCAGAGACAUGAAACUUCCGUUAUUCAGGCACUUGGUAAAUCUGAAGCUUCUGAAGUCCAUAACAUGACAAUUUCAGUUAUGUUAUGGACUUAAUAGUGUGGGAAUACCUUACAUAGUGCUUGACAUUUUAUAGAACACUUUUUACUUCUCUGUUUUUAGUUAAGACAGAUAUUUGUGUCAAUUCAUUGAUAAGGUUCUGAAAUUUAGAAAUAUAAGUGGUUUCUCUCAGUACAUGAUUAUGUAAUAUACUUGAGCUUAAGAAUCCCAAGACUCUGGAUAGCAUUGUUUCUUUGGGAAAAUGUAGAUUCUAAGUUCCAAACAGUUGAUUUCAUAAAUAUCUUUUGGUUCUCAGCCAUUUGUAAGCUGGGCUUCAUCUGUUUAUUAAUCUUGCUGUUAUUUCUGUUAUCCCAUCUUUAAAUUUUUAUUACAAUUUGAAUGAUUGAAAACUCUGAUCAUCUUACUUCUUUAGUAACAUCUACAUCAGCAUCAGCAUCUGCAUCACCAUUUCAGUCUACAUGGUAUAGUGAAUCUGAGAUAACUCAGGGAGCACGCUCAAGAUCGCAGAACCAGCAACGGGAUCAUGAUUCAAAAAGACCUAAACUUUCUUGUACAAAUUGUACUACCUCAGCUGGGAGAAAUGUUGGAAAUGGUUUAAAUGCAGUAUCAGAUUCAUCUUGGAGGCAUAAUCAAGUUCCUAGAUCUUCAUCAGUGGUACUUGGAUCAUUUGGAACAGACUUAAUGAGAGAGAGGAGAGAUUUGGAGAGAAGAACAGAUUCCUCUAUUAGUAAUCUUAUGGAUUAUAGUCACCGAAGUGGUGAUUUCACAACUUCAUCAUAUGUUCAAGACCGAGUUGCUUCAUAUUCACAAGGAGCAAGACCAAAAGAAAACUCAGUGAGCACUUUACAGUUGAAUACAUCAUCCACAAACCACCAAUUGCCUUCUGAACAUCAGACCAUACUAAGUUCUAGGGACUCCAGAAAUUCCUUAAGAUCAAAUUUUUCUUCAAGAGAAUCAGAAUCUUCCCGAAGCAAUACACAACCGGGAUUUUCGUAUAUUUCAAGUAGAGAUGAAACCCCAAUCAUAAGCAAUUCAGAAAGGGUUGUUUCAUCUCAAAGACCAUUUCAAGAAUCUUCUGACAAUGAAGGUAGGCGGACAACCAGGAGAUUGCUGUCACGUAUAGCUUCUAGCAUGUCAUCUACUUUUUUUUCACGAAGAUCUAGUCAGGAUUCUUUGAAUACAAGAUCAUUGAGUUCUGAAAAUUCUUAUGUUUCUCCAAGAAUCUUGACAGCUUCACAGUCCCGUAGUAACGUACCAUCGACUUCUGAAGUUCCCGAUAAUAGGGCAUCUGAAGCUUCUCAGGGAUUUCGAUUUCUUAGGCGAAGAUGGGGUUUGUCAUCUCUUAGCCACAAUCAUAGCUCUGAGUCAGAUUCAGAAAAUUUUAAUCAAGAAUCUGAAGGCAGAAAUACAGGACCAUGGUUAUCUUCCUCACUUAGAAAUAGAUGCACACCUUUGUUCUCUAGAAGGAGGCGAGAGGGAAGAGAUGAAUCUUCAAGGAUACCUACCUCUGAUACACCAUCUAGAGCUCAUAUUUUUAGAAGAGAAUCAAAUGAAGUGGUUCACCUUGAAACACAGAAUAAUCCUCUUGGAGCUGCUGUCAACAGACCACAAGCAUCUGCAGCAUCAAGCAGUGCCACAGCAGGUGGCUCUACAUCAGAUUCGGCUCAAGGUGGAAGAAAUACAGGAAUAGCAGGGAUUCUUCCUGGUUCCUUAUUCCGGUUUGCAGUCCCCCCAGCACUUGGGAGUAAUUUGACCGACAAUGUCAUGAUCACUGUAGAUAUUAUUCCUUCAGGUUGGAAUUCAGCUGAUGGUAAAAGUGAUAAAACUAAAAAUGCACCUUCAAGAGAUCCAGAAAGAUUGCAGAAAAUAAAAGAGAGCCUCCUUUUAGAGGACUCAGAAGAAGAAGAAGGUGACUUAUGUAGAAUUUGUCAAAUGGCAGCUGCAUCAUCAUCUAAUUUGCUGAUAGAGCCAUGCAAGUGCACAGGAAGUUUGCAGUAUGUCCACCAAGAAUGUAUGAAAAAGUGGUUACAGGCCAAAAUUAACUCUGGUUCUUCAUUAGAAGCUGUAACAACCUGUGAACUAUGUAAAGAGAAGUUGGAGCUUAACCUGGAGGAUUUUGAUAUCCAUGAACUACAUAGAGCUCAUGCAAAUGAACAAGCUGAGUAUGAGUUUAUCAGCUCUGGUCUCUACCUAGUGGUGUUAUUGCACUUGUGCGAACAAAGCUUUUCUGAUAUGAUGGGAAAUACAAAUGAACCAAGCACACGUGUCCGAUUUAUUAACCUUGCAAGAACUCUUCAGGCACAUAUGGAAGAUCUCGAAACUUCAGAGGAUGAUUCCGAAGACGAUGGAGACCAUAACAGGACAUUUGAUAUUGCCUAACUUCAUACAAGACAGAUGGAUGAUCUGUGAACACAAGUGUUUAUUAAAACUGGCAAUUAAAUAUAAAUUAAUUUUGUAGGGGAAUGCCUAAUAAAUACAUUGACUAUAUAUAAAAUGAAUACACACAUGUAUGCCUGUAUAUAUAUAUUCAUUCUCAAGUGUUGCUGAAUUAAAAUUCUGCUGGACUUUUUUAACACAGCAAAUCUGAUGUUUAUAAACUGGUAAUCAAAAAGAUUUUUUUCUUUUAGGUGAGUGGGAAAGUAUUACCCUUGUUUUAAAUAUCUAAGCAAUGCCCAUCAACCCUUUUUUGUGUUCUGAUUACUGUAGUCAUCUUUAUGAAAAAAAGAUUUGUGUUUUAGUCUCUUGCUAGUGAGAAAAGUGGGACAAAAUACGCGUUUGAAAUUAAAUCCAUAUGGCACCUAAUUCUUUUUCUUUUAAAAUGCCUUAAGUUGCAGUCUCAUUUUGAUAAUCAUUUGCUUCCAGUGUUUAAAAACAAAAACUAAAAAAAGAAUGGGAGAAGGUUCCGAGAAGAGCAUUAUAUUAGGUUUCCAAAUUUAAUUUGAAUUCCAAAUUCACUUAGCAAUAAAAUCAAAUUUUUAAAAAAAGUACAUAUAUAUCAAAUGUAUAAAUGAUGGAUGCAUUUUUGUAUUGAUUUGCAAAAUGCAGAUUAUAUUUGAUAGGCUAUAGUAUGUAGAUAUUCCUUUUAGGAAUAUUACAGCUGUAAAUUCUAUGAGAAUUGCCAGUCAAAUGCUAUUUGGUUUGAAAAAAAUACUGCAAUCUCAAGUUAAUGGAAUAUUUUUAAAUCCCACAUUCAAAGUUUAAAACACUGGUUUUCAAUGUGUUUUUUAGUGUUGUCACUUCUUUAUAGAUAAAUAUGAUAUAAAUAACCUGUUUGGAUUCUGGUCAUUUUUAACUGUUCCUUGGUAAUUCUGAGCAUUUAUUUGAUGACUUAGUAUUUUUCACUACCUUUAAAAGGCAGAUGUACCUUAUUCACCAUGAAUGGAUCUACACUGUGGUCAUGAGUUGUGUAUACUUACAUAACACUGUAUUUUUUCUUCUGUCAAUCAAUACCCUUGAGAUACACUUUAAAACAAGUUAAGGUCUGAUGUUAUUGCAACAAACUACUUUUUCAAACCUAAAUAGGAACCAUGUAAUUUCUCAAAAGUGAAUGACAAUUUGCCCACACUUAGUUUGUUGGUUUUAUGUAAAACAUUGGCUCCAAUAAAGUGCACACUGAUUUAUUUACA